AAUAUCCAGGAGCCAAAAUACCUUUGGCUCGCCAUAGGUGAGCUGCUCCUAGCACAUCUCGCAAGCUUUAGAUCCCCUCUGAAGCACAGGAGACACAUAGACUCGUGGUGGCAGACAAAGAACAGUGCCCCGCUCUGCACUUCAGACUUGCCAAGGUUGCCAGAGCUCAUUCUCAUGUGCCGGGUCCAGCUCUCAAGCGAUUUACUUAGGACGUCCACCGCGCCCGCAACCGAGUUCGUUAUUUGA